GGGUGUGGAACAGGGGAGCCAUUGUGCUCUAAUUAAGGGUCUCUUCUGAGGCUCCAAAGGGGGCCUCUUAAUAUGAAGGCUUCCCCUGUUCCCAGCUGUGCUGUGGGGAUGCCCUCCGCCCCUCUGUGGCAGCCCACCUGCCAGCACUCAUGAAAGGCUGUGCAGGUGAGGAGGGGUGAGGGCUCACAUGACUAAGGGUCUUUCCUUGGAAUAUAAAGGAACGCAGUCCCCCCUUGUUCAAGGCCAAGCACCAUUCAUCCAGCUGCACUGCACGGAGUACAGUAAGGAGGCUGCUCAAUCGAAACCCCAGUCCUGCCCUUGGCUCUCCUGCCAUGAUCGCGUUUCUCCUCCUGAGUGUGCUGCUGGUGCCCCCUGCCGGGGGCCAUGUUCUGGAUACACCACAUCUCCCUCGGGAGCUGCCUCCAGGACUCUCAAAAACUAUCAAUACCACGUUCUUCAAUGGGGUGUUCAAAAACGUGGAAGGUGUGGCUGAAGUUUUUGAUUGCCUGGGAUCCCACUUCACCUGGCUUCAGGCUGUCUUCACCAACUUCCCUGCACUGCUGCAAUUCGUGAACGGCAUGAAGUGUGUGGCUGGUCUCUGCCCCCGGGAUUUUGAAGACUAUGGCUGCGCCUGUAGAUUUGAAAUGGAAGGGCUACCCCUUGAUGAGCCUGACAGCUGCUGCUUCCAGCACCGCAAGUGCUACGAGGAGGCGGCUGAGAUGGACUGUCUGCAAGACCCUGGCAAGCUCGGUGCAGAUGUGGACUGCAUCGGCAAGAAGAUCAUGUGUGAGUCCACGGACCCUUGUGAGCACCUGCUGUGUACUUGUGACAAGACUGCCAUAGAGUGCUUGGCUCAGUCUGGCAUCAACUCUUCCAUGAACCUUCUGGAUGCCUCCUUUUGCCUGGCUCAGACUGUGGAGACAACCAGCAGGAAGGAGCUGCUGACACUUCUGCCCAGAGUGUUUCCUGUGGAGCCUACAGACACCAGCCUGACAGCCCUCUCGGGGGAAGUGACUGCCGAGACCGGAGCAGACAGGCUGACUGCUGUCUUUGGCCCAAACCAAGAUGGAGAAGACACAGGGGCGGCGAGGGCUACCCCUCCUCCAGAAUCUGCAGAGAUUGUUUCCACAGUGAAAGGCAUACCUCUUGUUUCUGCCGGUGUUAAAUCUUUGGGGUUGGCGAUGUCAUCAGUAGAAAGUAGUCCAGAGGAGACAACUGGAAAAGCCUGUAACAGACUCACCUUCCUGCACCUGGAAAGUGGGCACAACACACAGGUGAUGCCACAGCUGGGAGAGAUGCUCUUUUGCCUGACAUCCCGGUGCCCGGAGGAAUUCGAAUUUUAUGGCUGUUACUGUGGACAAGAAGGAAGAGGAGAGCCCAAGGAUGCCCUGGACAGGUGCUGUUUGUCCCACCACUGCUGCCUGGAGCAGAUGAGAAGGCUGGGCUGCCUGCCCGAGAGGCUUCCCCGGUCAGCGGUCGUGUGCGAGGAUCACACCCCCACGUGUGCUGGACGUAGCCUGUGCCAGAAGCUGCUGUGUGCCUGUGACCAGGUGGCUGCGGAGUGCAUGGCCUCUGCGUCUUUUAACCAAAGCCUCAAGUCGCCAGGCAGGCAAGAAUGCCAGGGCAUGCGGGUGUCCUGUGAGGAUGGCAUGCAAGGAGGGCCCGCGGCCUCUUCCCUAGGCUCCAGCUCCGAGGAGAACAGCGAGGAGGCCACGUCCCACACGGAGGGCCAGAGAAGAACCAGAAGGUUUCUGGGCAAGUCGCUUGGUUCCCUGGGGACCAGGCCACUCCGUGGAAGAUAGAUUCCAGAGCAUGAUGAGCACACCCUGUAGGUCCACUCUUUCACUUCCUUACACCCUUUUGGCUCUCAGCCUCUCUGGCCUGUUGCAGAUUUAGCAGAGGCUCAGAGGGAACUGAGGCAUUGAGAACCUUGCCCACAUGCAUUGUGAUGUUUGUCAACUCACAUGCGCAUGUGCAAUGGGCGAAGGCAGACACGGGCACUUUAUACUCACUGUAGUGCACAAUAAAUCCUCCAAUCAACA